CGUGAAAGGUGUAUGUCGCUUGCUAAGAUCAAAAAACAAGUGUUCAAGAAUAUGAGCAUUAGUGACAGCAUUAUCCCUACAAGUAUUAAUACUGAUAUUCAAAAGGAAAGACAAAAUGCUACUUUUAAUGUGGAAGAAUUUGCCGAAUGGUGGCAUGGUGGUGUUGAGAAAUUAAAGUUUAAAAGAUUCGUGGACUCCUACAUUCUGGAAGGCACUACUGAAGAUCCAUAUCGUUUACAACACUCUGCCCAUGAUGAGAUAUAUGCUUCAGGUAUUAAAGCCUCUAUAAAAGUGGCAACAAAGUUGAGGAAACUACAAGAAAUACGAAAUCCUGGAGGAGUUGAUAUCUGGCCUGGUCUUUAUCUAAGUUCCCAGUUAUGGGGUGCUUUGCCACGCGCCAAUCCAUUUUCCGUACACUUUGCCAUAGCGCUCGAUGCCAUACGUAAACAGGGUACCGAUGAACAGUUUGAGAUGUAUGGUAAACGUGCGGAAAAUUUGGAAAUAUGCUUUGCCUUUGCCCAGACAGAAUUGGGUCAUGGAACAUAUCUGCGUGGGCUGGAGACUAGAGCUGAUUUUGAACGGGCUACGGAUGAGUUUGUAAUGAAUACCCCUACUAUAUCAUCCUACAAAUGGUGGCCAGGUGGAUCCUCCAGCAUAGCCUACAAAUUGACGGCAGUAAAAUUAAGGCAGUUAUUUAAUGAAAUUUCCCUGGAGCUUAAGCAAGGCAAAUAUGAGAGAGUACCUGAAUUACAUGCUGUUUCCUGUUGCAUGAAAGUAUUAAGUUCAAAGGAUGCAGCAGCAGGUGCAGAACGUUUGCGCUUGGCCUGUGGAGGUCAUGGAUAUUUAAAUUCUUCGGGAUUGGCGAGUAUUUAUCUGGAUGCCACUGCGGCCUGUACUUACGAAGGUGAAAAUACAGUACUCCUAAUGACCGUUGGACGAUAUCUUAUGAAGAUGUAUAGAUUUGCGUGCGAUGGUAAAAUGUUGCCCCCUUCAGCAGAGUACUUGUGUGAAGCUCUUAGAGCAGGGGAAAGUGUAAAGUGGACAGGAUCUUGGACGAAUAUGUUGAAAAUUCUGCAAACAACAGCAGCAAGCAAACUUCGCUUGGCUUUUGAAAAUUAUUUGGACGGACGCAACGAUGGUCUAUCUGAAAGUGAUGCCCUAAGUAAUGCGGGAAUUGGUGUGACUCAAGCUGCAGAGCUUCAUGCCCGCUGUUUUGUGGCCUCUACAUUUUUCGAGGAAAUUACAGGACCUCAAAGCAAAAUACGCAGCCCACAUUUAAAUCAAGUUAUGGAAAAUCUUUUGGAGUUAUUUUUGCUGAAUACUGUGGGCCAACAAUUGUCCCACGUAUUGAGGAUCAUUAAUAUGAGUGCUGAAGACUUGUGUUCCUUGCAAAAGCGUUUGGAAAAUGCUCUAAAGAAAAUUCGACCAGAAGCUGUGGCAAUUUGUGAUGGUUUUGAUUGGCAUAAUCGAAAUCUUGUCUCCACUCUAGGUUGCUACGAUGGCAAUGUCUACGAACGUAUUUUCGAAGCAGCCAAAAGUAAUCCUCUAAAUAAACAACCGGUGCCUGAAGUAUUUCACACUGAUUUGAGGCCCUUUUUAAAAUCAAAAAUUUAGCACUAACUUUGCUUUGCGAAGAGUUAAACUAAAUUUAGGAUUGAUAGCCGGUGGGAAAAGAAAAUGGAAAUUUUUUACUUGAACAUUGUUAAUGAUUUUAAAUGAAUUUUUUAAUUAUUAUAUAAUAAAGCGAUUAUUUUAUUA